GAAGAUAUUUGCUUUGUUUGGACUUCACGACUCCAUGGUACCCUUUAUUAUGUGAAGCGGAGGUAUACAUUUGAUAGUUAGGAUGGGUAACAAUAGGCUGAAUACAUCUCAUACUUUGAAGGACCAUCUGAAUGUAAUUUCUACUAGCUAUAUUUAGGUAUUACCGCAGUCUCAAAAUUACAUUGGAGACUUAGCGUCAUUCUCCCUCCAUCAAGUGGGAUAUUUCUUUCAGUGGUGCAUGUAGUGGUAUUACCUGCAGUGUGUACCCCUUUCAGUAGGGAUCAUAGUUGUUACAAGCCUGCAUAACUGUAUUGCACCGUACAAAGUCUUUAAGUUGCUGUCACAAGUUAAAGCGUGUAUCGAGAUUUCACAGUCAGAACACUAUCUCUACUCAUUUUGUCCCAUCCAUGACAAUGAAACUUAAUAUGUCUGAAAAAAGGGUCGCUGUCAUUUGGUUCCCCUCUUUGAGCUCGAGUCAUAAGUGACCAUUUCCACAAUAGGACUGUUGUGUUCGUUAGGGAUUAGAUAUCAUAGAAAUUCGCUUUGUAUGACAUGUUUAUUAUGAUGGGCUCCUGCUUUAACACGUAAGUUUCUAGCUAAGUAUUUUUUACACCGAUUACUUUAUUGUAUCUAAUUGAUUAGAUUAUGGGGAGCAUAUUAUAAAAGAGUUAAAUAAUGUAUAGCUGAUUAUGUAUUCUUUUGAUCUAUUUGUUAUUUUCCAUUCCUUUACAGAUACUUAAAAGGAAAAUUUGUUUGCGUUCCUUAGCGAUUUGUGUUCUAAGUAUGCUUUUUCCGUCCAGAGGACUGAUGCUUGGAUUUAUAGUUAACGUAUCUUUGGAGUAUGUGGAGCUAUUCCUUGUAUUGUUGCUAUUCCGAAAUGCUAAAUUUUAACACUCCUUACCUGCGUUAUUUGUUUCUUUUCUUGAUUCUAUUAUAUUAUAGGAAAAUACAGUAUAUAAUGGCAUAGUAAAUACAGAAAAUAGCAAUGAAAUUAAUUAACUGGAGCACUAUUCUAGUAUUUGCUGAUAUACGUUUGUAUGGAAAAUUGCAUAUCCUUAAUUAGUGAGUAACGAGACAGCUUAUUAUAAAUGUAAGAACAACAACAACAAAAGAACAUAGGAAAUACGGAUCGAAACUCAUAACAACGCGACUGGCAGCUCAAUUAAAAACAACAUGUAUGAUGUAUGAUGGUUGGGAGCGGUUUAAGGAAUAGAAUCAAUGACGUUCCACAUCUAACCACUCAGAUGUGUCCAAUACUAUAAAUCCGUCAGUAGUAUUAUUUUUAUGUUCACUACAAGUCCAUAUACCAAUAUAUCAGGUUUACUAUAUCUAGAGAAGUGAAUGUCCACUUUUUUUCUUGAUUUCCCUUUCGUGCUGCUACAUAAUUUUCACUGCAUUUCCUCAAUAGAAAAAGUCGAAAGGAAGUCCUGUAAUGUGACUGAUUUUUUUGUUUGACAAUAAAAUAUUAUUUGAACGUUUAUAGGAUUGUAUAGAGCUAAGGGAUUCCCUCUUUUAUCAUUACAAUAAAUGCUUAAUUAUCCUCUUUGUUUCUUCUUCUUUCAGUUCAAAGAAAUUAACAGUUGAAGUACUUUCUAAUAGUUCCUGAUGGUACGCGUUGAUAAGCGCUCAGAUGCCAGCGUUAGAGUAUUACGCGUUGGUGAUUCGUUUUUACUUAGCCGACAUAUUAUGGAAUUGGAAAUCAUUCUUUUUCGGUCUUUAAACCCAGGCAACUUAGAACCUAAACCUGUUUCUUCACUUCCUUGCAUUCUCCCAACUCGGAGGAAACGAACUUCUAUUUUAAGCAACAUCACCUCUUUUGAUGCGUCUGCGUCACGGCGAGUGACCCCUGCCAUCGAAACAGUUGGAAACAGUGCAAUUAUGGGAAGCAGCACCUUACAGCCUACUCAGCAAGACGACAGCUCGUUAGUGAAGCCUCCAUUGUUUUUUGACAGCGCGGUUUGCUUAUUUCUUGACCGAGAAAAUAAAACGGACUACGCCACUAUCGGCCGUUACACAACGGAUAACAAAGGAAUUCAGCACAAACCACAUGCUGUAGUUAUAGGAAAUGAGUCUAUUCCACAUGCCUAUUGCACAUACAAUGUUGACUUGUUGGAUGUUGAUCAGGACGUUGAGGAAUUAUAUCGCGGAACAGAAACGGAGACUGUGAUUAGUCACGAUUCUGUUCGGGGGGGUACAUUUGCAGUGAAUAACGGAGCUACGAUGGCGGCAGGGGAUGGUUUUUUCAUUUCAUUUAAACGAAUUAACAUGUGCACAGGACUUCUUAUCAGUGCAACACUCUUUGGUAAGGAUAUAACAGUGCGUAACGGACUUGUUCCCUAUUAUAUGGUUCGCAGGCCCAAAUCUUCGUUACCAUUAUGUUUGGUACCACUUAGGGUCUCCUUUGAUCAUUACAAAAGCGUCAUUUCCAUUAUGAUUCGAAAAAUCAAGAUUCGUGGGGAAACACUUUGGGAACUUGUAAAUGUUUCUGAACCGUUGGCUCAUGAAAAUGUAAAAAAUAUUAUUUCCGCAAUGGAGAAGCGUGGGCUUGCCGAUCCUGUUGAUUAUCAGCGUGAUUUUGAUACACGUGGCCUAGAGGGAGCUUUUGAAAGAACAGUAAGCGGUAUGGAAAGUGGUUCCCAGGACGAAGACGAGGACGAAAAUAUGAAGGAAGGCAAGGAUGACGUGCAAUCCGUUAAUUCGCAUGAGUUCAAUGAUUUACUGUCCAAUAUUCCACAUGUAAUGCGCGAGGGUCGUAAACAAUAUAACGUCGGGCGCUCGUAUAUCCAUACUUCUUUAGUUGAAGAACCAAGUUCUGAAGAUGAUGCGAUAAUAGACGAUGCCUUGCGUGCAGUAGUACCACAGUAUACUAAUAACAGUGUUGUUAGAUAUGAAUACGGAGCUUACAAUGUCGGUUCAAAAAUCGAGACAUUGGUGUCACACUAUGUAAACCACAGGAAGGAGUACGGGUUGAAGGCUGCCAUGAGCGGCAGUUCUCGGGAUAUCAGUAAGCCUCAAUCUUUACUCGUUAGUGGGGCCUUUAACAACAUCUCAGCUACGCGCCGUUUUAGCACAGAAAGUGAUCCACGAAGACCUUCUUUUCCUAUCGAGUUGCAGACCAGGCCAUCUAUCAAUGCCAAGGAAAGACAGAAGGGUGGAUGGAAUCCUCAACAUAGAGGUACAUUAAGCAACACCAAAAGGGCAACGCUUCAUGACUAUUUACUGGCCACUUCCAUGAGAAAGAAAUAUAAUAAAAAGGGCAAAAAACAUAAAAGAAUCAAAAAGUCAAGACCACCCGGUUCUCGCACAAUUUCAGGAAGUCGGAAGUCGUCUUCUAAGCAGAGAGGCCGCGCGUUUUCAGCGAACAAAUCUGCCCUUCACACCGAAAGGGAAAAGGGAGCAAAUAGGUCUGAUGCGACCCUUCAUGAACCCUCCAAAACUAGUGAUAUGUAA